GAAUCAUACCUCAAAUUUGACAGCAUCAAUCAGAUGUAUGGUUGCCAGUCAUGUGGCAAGAAGUACAAAUCUUCAGCAGGAGCUAGACUUCAUUAUAGAAUUAAACACUGUGGUCUUUUCGAUCAUUAUUGUUCAAUGUGUGGCAAAGGCUUCCAGCAAAAAUCUCACUUGAAAUCUCACAUGUCUCUUCAUAUUCAACAGAAAGAUUUUGAAUGUAACAUUUGUGGCUCAAAGUAUGCACAUAAAACAUCCCUUACUGCUCAUCAAAAGUUGGCACAUGGAUCUGUCAUGUAAAACACUGUUGUACAAUUUCAUCAGGUUUUUUUUGUGUGGACAUUAUUCAAAUUGUGGGCCUCAUAAAAUUUUUUAAAUCAUCAUUAAUUUGUUGCCUGUAAUUUCAAUUGCUGAGAAUAAUCAUUUCUUAUUCCUCUUGAAUGCCAUUUGUUUGUCUGGCUUAAACUUGGGAAAAGAUUUGUAUGACCUAUUGAAAUUACAUAAGGUAUGUGAUGAAAGAUUAAGUUCUAUUCAAAAACAUAUCACUAAGCAUAACGUUCAAUUCAGAUCCAUUUUUAAAACAAACAACUUAAAAAAAAAAAUUUAUUUAAUGUGUUAUGUUGGUGUUUUUGCUGCAAUUUAAACCAAGGAAAUAUGCAUUUAUAUAAGUUAAAAAUAAAUUUACUAUUACUAAUAAAACUGACAGACACAACACAUCCGUUACAUAUGUAUGAGAUUUUAAAAAAUCUUUCUACUGCCACAGUGAAUCAUAAAAAUUGACGGCUUUUAUUAAAAAUCUUUUUUAGGUCAAGGGACAUUAGAUGAAUGCUUUGUCUUUUUAUUUCAGACUGGAAUGUUAAUAGAAACUCCAUAGUGCCAAUGGAAAAUAGAGCUUCAAUGGUUGAUCCAGUAAAUUUUCUGGGAUCUAAAGAAAGAUCUACUAUUGUGUCAAAUGAAACAUGGGAUGCCUCUCGGCAUGUUCAAAAUAGUUCACAAGCAUACUCUGGAAUUGAGCUUGCUGAUGGUACUUGGCGUUACAAGUGUAAUUUAUGUGGAGAGGUUCUGGGAAAUAUUUCCCUGUUGCAGCGUCACAUGAACUUGUUGCAUAAGGAUGCUCAUGCAUUGCCUUUUUCUUGUUCUAUAUGUGGCCAAGGAUAUUUCUCUACCUGUGCAAUGAGACUGCAUAAACAAACUCAUCUUGUCGGAAGACAGCAUAUUUGUGAAAUAUGUGGAUUCAAGUUCCUUCAUAAACAUCAUUUAAAACGUCAUGAGAAAAACAUACAUAAA